UUACCUUCGUUUUUCAUUUAUAAAAGAUUUUUACGUGCCCAAGAGCGUUAAAAACCUUAAGAAUAACAGAACACUGACGAUGAAAAUCUACAUCUUCAUUGCGUUUCUCAUUUGUGGUGUGGAGAUGAAAGAUUCUUGUCCUCAUCAGUUUGAAAAAACAUGUAAUUAUCCCCACUGGAUUUUCAAAGCGAUUCCCCAACAAGAAUAUCUUUGCCGUAUACUUAAGAAUGAUUCUAAGUGUUUUUAUGAUACAACUCACGACUGUGCUAAAUUUUAUGAUAACUACCUUCUCAAAGCGUGUGCUAGUCAAAACGGUGGAACUGCCCAGAAAAAGGGCAUGACGGAACUUCUCUUGUCUAUUGCAGCUUCAAGUUACUUAAUGAGAUAUUUAUAAAUAAAGAUUACAUCGCUGAACCUGCA